AUGCCGAUCUGCAUCGAGUGCCGGCACCCGGUCAAGACGCUGUGGACCAAGUACUCGGGCGCGGGCGACCCGUCGAGCGGCCACAACAUCCGCCUGACCGUGUGCAAGAACUGCGGCCGCUUCUGCGACAAGUACGUCGAGCACGACUUCGUCGUGCUGUUCAUCGACCUCGUUCUGAUCAAGCCGCAGGUCUACCGCCACCUCCUGCACAAUACGCUGAUGCGCGAGGGCGACCAGUUUGACGGGAACGUACAGCCGUCCAUCAUCCGCCUCGGCACUCUCCUACUGCUUUUUGACGUGUACUUGACAUGGGCCCGCGUCGAGAAGCAGGCCACGCCUGACACGCCCAGCGGCAGCAACCUGGGCAGCCUGGCGCAGCAGCCCAUCGUGCUGCAGUACCUAUUCUUCCUGAUCCUCUGCACCCUGUCGACGCUCGCCUUCCACCUCUCGAUCCGGUUCCUGACGUCGUCGGCGUACUCGCCGCUGGCGGUGCUGGGCGGGGGGCGGCUGGCGCGGUCGGCGCGGCCGAACUCGGUGUCGACGGCGCUGCUGGUGUCGUCGUCGACGAAGCUGUUCCCGAUCCUGAUGGUGGUGUGGGACUACGACGUGCCGGCGGCGGCGCGCAGCCUCGGCUGGGCCGUCGUCGCCAACAACGUCGAGGCGCUCGCCAUCCUGCUCGACUGCGGCUACCCGGCCGCGCUGCUGCUGGCCGCCGCCGGCGCGACCGCCCGCUGGCUCGUCGCGCGCGCCGUGCUCGCCGUCGUCGGGCUCGACGGCCUGCUCGGCGACGGCGGCGGCGGCGGCGGCGGGGGGACCGCCGGCGCCGACGAGGGCAUGGCGCUGUGGAGCCUGCUCGUGUACGCGCGCGAGUGGGCCGCGAGGCUGGCGCUCGUGUGAGGACCGGGAUGUUGGGGGAGGGAAGGAAAGAGAAUUAGACUAGAAGAGACGAGACG